UUCUAGCUAGCUUAACGCUGCUCAUUAACCGCUACCUGGUUGCUAGACGACUCAAUCUGCAACACCGAUGUGGAAACAGUCGUCUUCAUGGAAAGAAAACAGAAUUUUAACGGAUAUCAGGAAGUUAUGGUCAACAGCGUCUCUUGCCGGUUUAUUACAUGGAGAAUCCGCUGUGUUGUGAACGAAAAUCCGACUUGUAGCAUAGCUAACGUCUCUUUUGUUGCCCCGUGUUUUUACUACUAGCAGGAGGGGCAAACUGAAGUGCGCUUUUUGAUUUAGGGAAGAAAAUGAGAGCAUUACACACGGAUAAAGUCAAGUUUUCCAACGUAACGUAACGUUUGCUUACCAGCUAUGUUUAGUGCAACUGCUAAAACGUCUCUGGAGGCGAGUGAUAUUCAGACAGAUGAAGACUGUGAGGAGCUGGAUGGCUUCUCUUUCUCUGCUGAUUUUUUGGAGAAGAAAACAAGCAGGAAGACGUCUUCCGUCAAGCCUCCUCCUUCUCCACGGUCUCCAUACCUCUCCAGUAUGAACGUGAACCCCAGGAGAGCAGCAGUGGCGGCCUGGAGACUGCCGAGGGCUGCCCUGGGGGACACCAGACGGGACACAUUUGGGGAGAGCGGCUCAGCUCGGCUCACAUCCCUCAGCAACGGCCAUGAUGCAUCCCAGACGCUGCGAUCAGAGUGCGACGUCACACCUGAGCUUCUCAAACAGACCUUGAGCAUGAGGAAACACAAACAUCUCCACUCUGGGUCCAAUGGCCUCGCCGUCAGCACAGGUGACUACAGAGCGAAGGAGGACAUGUACGAUGAGAUUAUUCGCCUCAAGAAGAGUCUCCAGGCACAGAAGUCUGACAACCAUCAAAUGAAAGCCAAACUACGCCGCCUGGAGGAAGAUAACGCUAAAAGGGAGAAACAGAUAGAAGAACUGUUGGAUCCCACUAAAGGAUCUGAAUAUACUCGUAGUUUGGUGGAUAAGAAAAAAGAAGGGAGCAUGGUUCUCAAUGGGCUGAAACAGAGAAUCCUGAAGCUGGAGCAGCAGUGUAGAGAGAAAGAAAAUGCUCUGAGUAAACUACAAAGUGAGCUGAGGACCACCAACCUGGAGGAGCUGAAGAUUACAGUAGAAACCUACUUUGAAGAGAUCCAGAGGCUGAAGAUACUUCUAGAAGCUGCAGAGAAGAGUAGUCGGGCAGAGAGUAAGUGCUCCCAGAGGCAGCAGAAAGCGCUAAGCUCCACGGUUCGCCGUCUGUCUGAGAGCCUGAAGCAGCUCCAGCAGGAGAACACUUCGCUCAGAGAGGAGCUCGACACUGACAGUCCUGCAGGAGGAAUCAAAGGUUACAGAGAGUGGAGUAAACAGAGAUUGUUGAGAAGGCUGUUGGAAGUGGAGAAGAGGCUGGAGGACAGCAAACGACAAGCCCAGCCGGCAAAGAGCAGCGACCGAUUGGAUCAGGAGGUCCAAGCCACGCCCAAUGAGAUUGUGGGGUUUUCCAUGGCAACAGAGGCAGUGGUCUCCGUGGGAAUGAUGACCGAGCAAGGGGAGGAGGUUUCUGAUCUGAGAGAACGGCUCAGCCAGUUGGAGAAGGAGAGGGCGGAGCUUCAAGAGACUCUGUCAAGUAAAGAUGAUGAACUGAGAGAGCUGAAGACAGAAAAGGAAGAACUGGCGAAGGAGACUGAACAAUGGAAAGCCGAACAGACAAAAGAGAGAGACAAAGAGAGACAGGAGCAUAAACAGGAAGUGGACCAGUUGAGAGCGAGGAUCCAAACUCUGGAAGACCAGCCUAAAUGUGCACAAGCUGAGCUCUCCUCUCUCUCCACCACCUCACCGGAGGACAACGAGGACACAGCAGGUGUGGAAGAGGGACAACAGAGGGACACUGGAGGUGAAGAAGAGAAAGGGGAUGAAGGAGAUGAGCAGCCGGGUGCAGAGAAGAAAGAAAGAGAGAAAGCAGCGUUGGUCAUCCAGACAAACUGGAGGGAGCACAGAAACAGGGACUUUGUGAUGUUGCAGUCAGCAUUAAGAGGCCACCUCCUCAGAGAGUCACAGCUCAAGGACCUGCUGAAACACACACAGAAUAAGUCUGUAGGAGCAACAAACGGCGGUGAUGCUGCAUCUCCUGUGGAAGGAGAGCUGGAUGUGGCUGCCUUGACAAUGAUGCAGUCUGCAUUCAGGGGACACUUGACUCGCUGUAGCCUUGCAAUAGAGAGCUCCGGGUUCUCAGUGCCUUCUCUAAUGGGAAACAAUUUGCCCACGCUGGUACCUAGAAGAGCUCGCUCGACACACACAGCCGGCAGAGCAGGUGCUGCAUCCCUCCAUAAAGACGAUGAAAAGCAGGGAGAAGAAGAAGAAGAAGACGAUGACCCCGGGCUCGCCUCUGGCACUCACUCCUCCAGGGUGACACCCACAACAGACCAAACGAAUCUUCACUGCACAGCUGAGUCCGGUGGAGCUGCUGCGACUGACUCUGACGACUCCGAUGACAUCAUCAUGUCUCCAUCGCGUCCUCUGAGAAGCAGAGAAGUCCUAAUGUUAUAGACCUCCUGAAUCUGAAGUGUCUGUUGUCAUAUGCAACAAAUCGGCAAACGAUAGCUGGGAUAAUCCAGUAUUAGUCAGGAUAAUAAUACACAAUAUUUGCUGUCUGCUGAUUGCCGCCUGUGUGAGUGCAGUUUUUUUCUACAGUAAUAACCAGAAUGUUCUGGGAUGUUGUGUGCAGGGUCUUCUAAGACAUGAAGUUAAAAGGCACAUAAACACCUCACUUUGAUCAUGGUCUUAUUUGGGAUACUGUCAUAAUACAAUAAUGACGAUGAAUCCCAGUGUUGACAUGAGGCUAUAGGAUAUUCUCUUUCAGUGCAGGAGGAGGCACUUGCAUGAACUUAAAAUGACCGUCCGCUUUCAUUUUAAGCUAUCUUUAUUCUUGUGCUUUGUCAUUUCAGCCAAAUAUCCCAUUUCAAGUGCCUAUUACAUGGAUACUCAGAUUAAAAGUCAGGUAAUAAAGGAAUUCAUUGGCUUCAGUGAGCCGCAUCACUCUGAUUUCCUCUCUGCAUUUCACAGCUUUGAAAUAAUUAAUUAAAAAUAUUUUGACAGGCUUGAUUUGUAACAUAUAAAGGUCGUUGCACUAAAUCUGUCAUGUACGCUCCAUAAAUUAUGUCUGAUUCUGAGGUAUGACUGCGGGAUGAUUCUCAACCGAUGCACUAUUGAGUCAAACUGUGAAUAAAUUAUAGAUCAGUCUGCUGCAAUACUAAACACACAGUCAGUACAGUGGAGGAUACACAGAGUGUGCCUCAUGCCAACGAUGUUUGUGCUUUGAAAAAGACAAAUGAUCACCUAUGGGGCAGCCAGCAAAGAGGAUGGAGGAGUUUUCUCCACAUGAUGUGUGUAACUUAAUUUCUGACACAUAAUAAAUGAAAAUAAAAUGCUGUUUUUAUAAUUAAAA